UAACUUUUUAAACAACCAACAAGUUCAUAUAAAAAAACAACACAAAAUUGAACCACCAAACACCCAUUACGGCAUUAUUAGUUUUCGACCUGGCGCCUGGCCGUGAGAGAGAUAUUUAUGUUAAACCCUAAUUCUGCUGUAUAGCGAAGAAAAUUCACUAAAUUCUAGUAUAUUCUCGUAAUCUUAAUAACAAAUUCGUGUUCGUGGCGCACUCUUCUAUUUUUCAGGAUGAGACUUGAGGUGGCAAGUGGCAACCUAUAUUGAUCGAGGCCUGAUAUUAUUUAUCUGAUCAUGAACCCGGGAUGGCUGAGAUUUAUCACACCUAUACAAAAAAUAAAACGAGAUGAUUGAAGUCUCAAGAGUGUUUGGGACAAUCUACUUAUCAUUAUGUGAUAAUUGUCAUGUAUUGCAACAAUAUGCCAAAGCCUUACUCUCAACGACAUGGGGUUGGGUACAUGAGCUAAAACAAACAAUGUGGAAACUCUCACAUACAAAGAAUUAGGAAAUAUUAAUCACGGAACUAGAGCUCAAAGAAAGCUGUAAAAAAUGCUAUUCUUCUCUUAUUUCAAGGAAAUUGUGGGGCGUGAAGUUGUUGUGGAGCUUAAGAACGAUCUUUCCAUAAGGGGUACUCUCCGUUCUGUUGAUCAGUACCUCAACAUCAAGCUGGAGAACACUAGGGUUGUUGACCAAGACAAGUACCCUCACAUGUUAUCAGUGAGGAACUGCUUUAUAAGAGGAUCAGUUGUUAGAUAUGUCCAACUACCACCAGAUGGAGUUGAUGUUGAGUUGCUUCAUGAUGCUACAAGAAGGGAAGCACGAGGCGGCUAAACUAGGUACUGUGUACCAAGCAUUAUCUUGAAUGCGGUGCGGCCUAACUUCUCUAUAAGAGCUUAAUUCUUUUUUGAAAUGCUCUGGAGGUGGUCUUUACUCAUCCAUGAGCAUGUAUUGUUGCCUAAUGUUGGCGUACCAAUUGUAAUGAUACAGCUAUGUAACGUUUUUCAUUCGUUAUGAUGAAUUGAUGAACGUUGGAAAAUAGAGUUCUCAGUUAUAUUUGCUUGCACAAUCGAAUGCAUUUUGUUUAGUAGUUUA